CGGUGAGCGGAACAAGGAUUAAUCAGGGAUUAAUUGGAUUGAUCAGUGAUUAAUCGGAGAUUUUAUCAGUUCGGCGAGUUACGGAACAUGGAUUAAUUAGUGAUUAAUCGUGAUUAAUCACCGACUUUACAAACUAAUAAAACCCACAAGUUCAAUUAAAUUUUGGCGCGAGGGCUCAUUUCUCAUGAUAUCAACAAUUGCUUCAUCUCUGAAGCAAAAUUUGAAAAUUAACCCAAAACCCAUUUUUGCUAUUCACUUUUCUUCAACUUAUUCUUGUCAAGACUUGAUUUUUCUGCUAAAUAAUUGUAAAAAUACUUCAGAAAUAACUCAAAUACAUGGCUGUAUGAUCAAGAAUGGCUUAGACCUUGUAGCCUUCCCAGUAAGCAAGCUUCUUGCUUCUUCUAUUACUAAUGUAUAUUAUGCUUCAUCUAUUUUUAAAUGUAUUCAAACCCCAAAUGUGUUUAUGUUUAAUACCAUGCUUAGAUGCUAUUCUGUCAGUGAUUACCCUGAUCAAGCACUUGUACUUUUUAAUUACAUGAGGGCUGUUGGUGUGUUGUUAGAUGAGUUUAGUUUGGUGUCUGUUGUUAAAUCUUGUGCUCGAUUGUUUGAUGUUAAGAAUGGAUGUGCUGUUCAUUCAGUUGCUGUGAAAACUGGGAAUGUUGUGUUUGGUAAUGUGAGGAAUACUGUUUUGCAAUUGUAUUGUGUUUGUCGAAGAAUUGAGGAUGCACGCGUGUUGUUUGAUGAGUUUUCUGUGGGGAGGGAUUUGGUUUCGUGGAAUGUUUUGAUGGGGGGGUAUGUUUAUGUGUCGAGGCCUGAUGUUGUUUGGGGUUUGUUUGAGAGGAUGUUGUUUGAAGGUGUUAGGAUUGGGGGGAGUACUAUGUUGAGUGUUUUGUCGGCUGUAGGUGAGAUUGGGGAUGGUUGGGGAGGAGAGUGUGUUCAUGGUUAUUGUAUCAAGCGCGGGUUUUGUUUUGAUUGUAACGUGGUGACUGCUUUGGUUGGUAUGUAUGGGAGAAUUGGAAAAAUGGAUUCUGGACGGAGAGCUUUUGAUGAAGUUGAUGUAAAAGAUGUUGUCUUGUGGAAUUGUUUGGUGGAUGGGUACGCCAAGAAUGGAUUGCUGGAAGAAGCGUUAAGUCUGUUAGGACUGAUGAAACACAGAGGUGUGAAGGCCAAUUCUUCGACAUUGGCAGGGUUACUUUCUUCUUGUGCGGCCUCUGGAGCUCUUGCAGUAGGGAAAUGCGUUCAUGAAUAUGUGGAUCAGCAGCAGCUAGUACUAGAUGCAGUUCUGGGCACAGCUUUGUUGGACAUGUAUUGCAAAUGUGGUUUACUCGGGGAGGCUGUUAAUGUUUUCAAGAAAAUGGUAAGCAAAGAUGUGAAAUCUUGGACUGCAAUGAUUUUGGGCUAUGGGAUGCAUGGGGAGGCAAAAGAUGCCAUUUUGAUAUUUUAUCAAAUGGCAAAGGAGGGAUUUAGACAUAAUGAAGUCACUUUCUUGGCAGUUUUAAGCGCUUGUAGCCACGGGGGGCUGAUAACUGAAGGAACAAGUUUUUUUAAGAUGAUGAUUCAAGACUAUGGCUUGAAACCAAAGGUUGAGCAUUAUGGAUGCAUGAUCGAUCUCUUUGGUCGAGCAGGAUUGCUGGAGGAAGCACAUAAUCUAAUCAAGAGUUUGCCUAUUAAGAGCGACGCGACUGCAUGGCGUGCAUUACUUGCAGCAUGCAGAGUCUAUGGGAAUGUUGAUCUGGGGAAAAGUGUGAAGAAAGCACUGGAGGAUAACUAUGGUGAACACCCUGCAGAUUCUAUAGUUCUUUCAAGUACUUAUGCUGUUGCAGGUCGUACACCUUGCCUUCAAACGAUGCAGACGAUAAGAGGAAAGAUGGUGGACAACCAUGAAUAUCAAUCUCGGGGAGUGAAGGAAGCUGGAUGUAGUUCCAUUGAGUUGGGUGAUGAUGACGAGUGAUCAU